AUGACUGUGACUCGAAGCAGGAAACCGACUUUACUGUUCAUCACAUCACCAGAAGCAGGUCAAGCGAAUUGUCAUUUCGCAGUCAUCUCAUCUCUCAAGGCUAAACAUGGUGAUGGGGUGGAUAUCGAUCUUGCAUCGUAUAUAAACCUUGAGAAACGAAUUGCAAAUCAGUCUGGGAGUGAGGAUGAAUUCACUUCUCAUAGGAUCAAAGGUAUAAGCUUGACGGAUGGUCUAAUGAGGCGAUUCUCUAAUGACGAGCCCAAAACGUUCGGAUACGCUCGUACCCCUUCGGGUCUAUACGGUUCCACUCUCUCAGCAAUUCGAACAACCAGCAUCGUCCAGCCUGAUACGCCGGAUGAAUACGUCGAGACCGCCCGAGACGUCGAGCGUAUCAUCCAAGAUGUCAAUCCCGAUUAUAUCCUUGUAGAUUCGUUGAUGAGCUCAGCAAGAGAUGCUAUUCGGAAAUCAGGCAAGAAGGCAAUCUUGUUAACUCCCAAUACCGCUAAAGAAGCUGCUCUGAGUGAACAGGGUUUGGGAGUUUCCGCCAUUCCUGCGGUUUGCACAGCGUACAAAUUUCCAAUACCCUGGUAUCUCCUUCCAGCCAAUACUUUUAUCACCUUGUUUUUCGCAAUAUGGCUAUUCCUUAUCGAUGGGAAACACAGAAAACUCAAUAAAGCAAGAAACCAAGCAGGAUAUGAAGGUGUAUUACCAUUAUUUGAUCGAGAUUCAUUCUCAGAAACCUCCGUUAUAUGCAUGUCGACGGUCGGAGCGGAAUUACCUCUGAUCAUACCAGAUUGGGUUAGGUGUUGUGGACCAAUUAUCCAAAAAUCCGAACGACUUCAGGAAGUUGAUCCAAAAUUGUAUGAUUGGUGUAAUCUUCGAGCUACCGUUCUGGUCAGUUUGGGAACAAAUUUGAAAUAUUCGGAGAAAGAUGCCAACGAAAUGUUAAGAUCCCUUCGAGUGCUGUUGGGUAUAAGAAAAGAUAUUCAGGUGUUAUGGAAACUUAAGAAACUGGGUGAAUACCAAUUACCUGAAUCAGACACAGAUGGAGAUGGAGAUAGGUUAAGGAUCGUUGAUUGGUUGGAAGCGGAUCCGUUCAGUAUAUUGCAGAGUGGGAAUGUGGUUUGUUUUGUAAGUCAUGGAGGGAGUAAUUCGUAUCAUGAGGCAUUAUAUGCCGGUAUACCCCAAGUGAUCUUACCUGCUUGGGCAGACUGUUAUGAUUUUACCGCAAGGUCGAGGUACCUUGGUAUCGGUGCGUGGGGUAAUCCAAAGGCGUGUCCUGGAUGCUCAGAGCCUGAACUCACAAAAGCCUUGUUGCAAGUGAUUGGACGUACACCUGAGGAUGUAGCUGCGAAGACAAUGCGCGAGAGAGCGAGAGAGCUGGGAAGGUUGGUGACUGAUAAUUACACUAGAGAAGGGAGGGACGUCGCGGCGGAUCAUAUCUGGGAAGAGAUGGAGAGAGCCAGAAGGGAGGGAUAG